AUGCGAUACGACUUCAAGACCAUUUUUGUGCACUCGCUAGUGCUCAUCCAGCUCGGUGUUUGCCAUGCCGGCGAUUACUGGAAAGCCGUCGAGGCACUUGUCAAUAAAGAUGAGAGUUCAGCAAUCGCCCAUUUUCUCCAGACAGGCGAUUUAGGUUCGUCGAGCGCUUCGCCUUCAUCGCAUCAACCGGAAGCAUUGCAAGGCUCGUCGUCCCAACAUAUCAUCGAAGACCCUUGGUUCGGACCCAGACUUGGAACUUUUCUGCAAGACACUCCGUCCAGCGGUGAGACCAGAGUUGCGUCUGGAUCAGCUAGCUCGGAAUACGUAUCCCCGCAUAUUGAUGAGCCGCCCACCAAAAUAGAUCAUAUUGGCUCUGUCCUGGCGCCACAGCCCCUCACGGUCGACGAGAGGAUGACGAUUCUCAAGCCGAUCGGCGACGAGUUUGCAUCACGUUCUUCCCAUAGCGCGGCAUCAAACCUCCUCCCUUACACGGGACAGUCAUUAACCGCGAAGCUGUUGGACGAGGCUUUUGGGUUCCCAAAGACAUCGAUGAGACUAUUCACCAACGACAUCUUCGUGAUGCCCAGCACCAGGAGCCAGAAGCCGCCGCUUGCCAGUAUCCAAGACGGAGGCAUGGCGUUCACGAUGCCGAGGACGCAUCAUCUGUACAUCUGGAAGAUGAUCAAGUCGAGAAAUUCGCCGGGAUGCAUCUACCAGCUUGUGGGCGCGGUGGAGUCGGGAAUCAGUACACAUCGCAUAGCACUUCUGCUGAAAGGUUUUCAGCCCGCGCGCAAAAUAAACGUCCUUUCACGGGAUUCCAUCUAUGAUGAAAGCCUCCCAUCCGUCAUCACCGCCAAGUCGCAAGAGCGAAGAUUGCGGUCCCAAUAA